CUCGCUGAGUCUCAAAAUAAACCAAAACUUUUAGGGUUGAAAGAAAUUUAUUUUCCAACCGCAUCAAGAAUAGUGCACGCCAUUUGUGUGUCUGGUCACGUGAAACUUAGUUCAGUAUGAGAUUUGUUCCAAGACUAGGGUUCUUGCCAAAGGAGCCAAGAGCUUCCCACGUAUCCUACAACACCCCUGCAACCAACAAAAAGAAAAAAAACCAAGAUGCAGGCACAUCUAGUGAAACAUCUAUGCAGACGCAUGUAAAACCAACCACAAAGACUGCUCAAUAUAAUCCAACAACUAGCACUAAGAAGAUGAAAAUAAAAUCCAAAGUUGCAAAGAAGGGGAUGUCCAAUAAUGAACAGAGUUUUAUCACGCAUCCCAAAUCAAUCAAUACAAAGGCCAGGAAGAUGACUAAAAUUGUCUCCCCACAGAAGGUUAAUAGACCCCAUGAAACCACUGAUGCAAACCAUCCCGUGUCAUCUUACAAAGCAACAAAUGGUAUAUCAGAAAAUACAUCAAAGACUGAUAAGAAGGUCAGAAAGAUACAAAUGUCCCACAAGACUUCAGCAAAAGACAGAACUGGUGAUGGCACAAGUCCACACAUUAACAUCAAUAAAUCUAUACCAAGGAAUGCCACAUCCAGCAACAAAACAGCAAAUAAAUUCUCCAAAAGAAAGGUUACGUUACAUGGUUGUCUAUCUAAAAGUGGAAAGGAUGAUAAAUUGUUUCACAAAGUGAAGAAGACUCGUAGCUCACCAUCUAGCAGCCUGAAAGGCACUAAUAAACUUUUAUUAAAAAACAAGCAAAGUAGCUGUGUAAAACAACCUAAAAAGAAAGGAAACUCACAAAGAUCACAGAACAUAGCUGAACAUGAUGCAGAUGUGACUAAAAGACAAUGCCACAACACUACCAAGGAUAAUCUAAGUAGUAGUGCUAGUGUCGGCCAGAUUGUUGAAAGAAAGGCAAAAAAUAAUGCAAGAAAAAAGAUCCUGAGAAACUGGACAAAAUUAGAGGGUAAAAAAGUUGUAAAAAGCUCAACAAAAAUGGAGAAAGUGAUCGUACAUGUUACACAUGGAACCUCGGAGUCAAGUGUCGGUGAAAUCCAAACAAGUGUGAGUCCAAAGCCAUCAAAUGUCUGUGUAAAGCCAUCAAGUGUCAGUGUCAAGCUGUCAAGUGUCAGUGCAAAGCUACCAAGUGUCAAUGUAAAGCAAUCAUGUGUUAGUCCAAAGCUACCAAAUGUUAGUGUAAAGCUAUCAAGUAUUGGAGUGAAUACUUCGAGGCUAGGUGAAAACCCAUCAAGUAUCAGGGCAAAGCCAUCAAGUAUUUGUGAAAAGCCAUCAUAUAUCAGUGCAAAACAUCCAAGUAUCAGUGCCAAGCUAUCAAGGGUCGGGGCAAAUCAAUCAAGUCACAAUACAAUGCCACCAAGGGUCAGUAGCAAUAUAGUUCAGGUUGAGCCUGAAAGAAAAGUUGAAGUAUCUCAAGCAGCUAAAGUUAAUUCAGAGAAAGAUGAGGCAGCUGUUCAUCCUAAAGCUAACACUGUUGCAUGUACAUUGGAUGUAAAACAAAGUCAAGAGACUAGAAAGGCUGUCACAAUGACAAAUCCAUUGAUUAGUGACACUGGAACAUGUUUGACUGGUACCCAAAAGAAAAAGAAUAAAAGUCAUAUGAUAAGAAAACAAGGGUCAGAUCAAACCCCUCAUCCUCGACAUAAGAAUAAGUCAAGGAAGUCGCUUGAUUUUAAAGGAACAGAAGCUCUGUCAAAUAGUGAUACAACUUACAUUAAUUUAAGUGAUAAUAAAGAAAUGUCUGAGAUCAUGCAGUCAUUGGAUGUCUCACCUAUACCAGCUGAACACAAGGAUAACACAUCUCUGUCUUUGAAUACCUCUAGUAGUAGUUACAACGAAGAUAAAGAAAUGUUUGACGCAACAAUUCAGCUAUCUCCCCUUGAUCUCUCAAUGAAGAUUGAACCACUUGGACAAUAUUCCAAGAUCUUUGAGGAUUCUUCCCAGGAUGAAAGCAGUCCUCAAUCUGAUAAAGGAGUAAGUGAUGUUAGUAAAGAGGAUAAUGGGGUAGAACUGAAAGUAAAUGAUGAUAUUAAUGACACAGCUGAUGUUGGUAAUCUUACUUGUGAAGAAGAAAUAAUACCCACCAUUGUCGAGUUCAGUGAAAAUUCGAAUAAUUGUCAAAAAUCAAUUAACACAAACACUGUUGACAUUCCAGGAGUAAUUGUAGAUGAAAAUAAUAACCAAAAUAAGUUUAAUUCAACUCUCUUUGAUUAUCCCAAUGGUGAAUCAGAGCAAAGACAACUAGAAUCAAGCAAUCAAUCCGAUAUCAGUAAGCUACUCUACUAUCACCAACCAGAGGAUGAUGUGCAUCAACCCAAAUCAGUAAAUACAAGUGCUGAAUCAAGCAUCGGGCUGAAUGAAGCAUUCCUAAAUGCUAGUGAGCUAAACAUAAGUGACAAUGUUACAGCUACAGGUGAAAGUCAUGAUACAGAUAACAUUCCUGUUAUUGAUGCAAGUGAUAUUGAACUUAUUAAUGUGGCACAAGCUGUCAAUGCCAAUUGGCCUGGACCAGAUGGGUUGGAUGAUUCAACACAGUGUGAUUCUAGCGUGGUAUUGGUGAGUGACACUGACGCAGACAGUUUCAAUACAUGUGAUGGUAAAGACAGUCCGCAUAGAGAAGACACAUCUGAUGAAUCAGAGUAUGAGCCCGAAGAAUCUAUAGUUGAGGAAAGUGAAUGCUCUGAAUCAGCAUCUGAUGCAGCACCUAUUAGCAAUGGUGACUCUAAUGCAUUCGAUGAAGAAGACAACCAAAAAGAAGAUGAUGGCAUUGGCCUUAGUCCAAAGAUAACACCAAUCUCUCUGAAAGGUUUGGUACCAAAAAGAGGCCGUUCAAGUAAAGGUAUUCGAGAACUCCAGGCACUGAUCACCGACAUACAUGAUCACUUGCCUAUGCUAGAAAGGUCGGCUACAUCUAGGUUAAGACAUAGGAAGCUUUUGGGAGAUGAAGCUAAUCAAUUGAAACAAGAAGAUACAACAACAGACAAAGAUACAGUAGAUAAUGAACCUAAUGAUGACCAAGCUAAGAAACCAUUGGUUGAAGUAAGCUUACAGCAAGAACAUCAACCUGAAGUCCAUGAUGAAAUGAACAGUGGCAGUUUACCUAUUGUAAACAUAAGAAAUGAUAAUGGAUGUGAUGUGGUGAAAACUCCUCCAAGAUCAGAAUUGUCAGAGAGGACAAAGCGAAAGAGAGCGAAACCAGAUUUCUUUCAGAGUCCCUUUUCCAGCACUAAGAAGGCAAAGUGUGGAGCGGAAUCAACCUCAGGCAUACUGCGGCCCAGUUCUAAGGAACAGAAGUAUGACAAAGUCUCAGAGGAACAAGGUACACCAGGAUCUGAUAAGCAGCAGACAUUAUCUGACAAGACAUCAAAUAUUCCUGGGAUGUCCAUUGUUAGGCCUGGUUUCAAUACCCCAGGAUCCCGGUCUAUAAUCCUACAACUUGGUAUGACUGAUACCCCAAGACCAGGAACCUCCAAUGAAUCUGACACACCAAGGCAACCACAGUUCCCCUCCAUGGUUGAGCAUGUACCAGAUCUUGGGAAGGUUGUCUGGGCACGGUUUUGUACCAAGUACUGGCCAGGGAUGAUUGUUAAAGGCACAUAUGCUAACCUGGCCCCUGCAAGAUUGGACCACUCAUGGGUAUUCUGGUAUGGAGAUCACAAGAUAUCAGAGAUUCAGAAGUCAUUCAUUGAAGCUUUUGAGAAAGAUUUCCCCGUACAUCUGCAAAAUGGUGGCAAUGUGAAGAAGUUUCAUCUGGGAGUCUUAGAAGCUGUCAAGGAAUGUGCAGAGAGAUGUAACAAGGAGCUGGACGAUGAUCAGGGAAUGAUGUCCUGGGGCAGACAAGGCUUCCAAAUGACUCCAUGGAGAGAAAACAUGUUUCAUCCAGAUAAAGAUCACCCUGUACCCAACAUUGUGUUGGAACACCUUGCAAACAUUGGGUCAAAGCAGCGAAGGAUCCAGCAGGAUUGUAAUGAUAAAGAUUCUGAGGAUUGCAGACCUUUGAGGAUUGAAGUUCUACAAUCAAAAGAUCCUCUACUCCAGGUGAGGUCAGGCCAAUACAAAAUAACAGAUGUGUGUAUUUCUUGCGAUGGUGCAACAACAGAGGUCAUCACCCAGCAUCCCUUCUUUGAAGGAGGACUUUGCCUGGACUGCAAGGAACUUCUGAUGGAGUCUAUUUGGAUCUAUGGAAAAGAAGAUGGCUCAAAUGCCUACUGCACUGUAUGCAGCAAUGGUGGAGAGCUCUUUGUCUGUGAGAAACCUAACUGUCACCGUGUGUAUUGUACUGGCUGUAUCACAUUGUUUGUGGGAGAAGAAGCUGUUGUUCGCAUACAGGAGACAGAUCCUUGGAUUUGUUUUAUGUGCAGUGACUAUAGCAACGAGAACCAUGGUCUGUUGAGAGCCAAGCCAGACUGGCAGCAGAACCUGUUGAGGUUGUUUAAUGCAGAGAAUAUACUACUGAAUAAUGAUGCUUUGGAUGGCUUCAAGAAACGACCCCUCAGAGUUCUCUCCCUGUUUGAUGGAAUUGGCACAGGUAAAUAUGUAUUAGACAGUAUGGGCUUACAGGUGGAAGUCUACUAUGCUAGUGAGAUAGAAGAUGAUGCCAUUAUGGUGACACACGUUCGCCAUGGUAACUCUGUAAUACAACUAGGGGAUGUCACGAAGCUAACAUAUGAAAAGUUAAGAGGGCUUGGUUCCAUAGACUUGCUGAUAGGUGGCUCUCCAUGUAAUGAUCUCUCAUUGGUUAAUCCUGCUCGUAAAGGUCUGCAUGGUGGAACAGGAAUCCUGUUCUUUGAGUUCUAUAGGAUCUUGAAUACUCUAAGACAGCUGAAUAAAGACACAACAUUAUUCUGGAUGUUUGAGAAUGUAGCAGCUCUGCCGAAAGAAACAAAGGCAGCCAUAUCCAACUUUCUCAUGUGUGAACCAGCAAAAUGGGAUGCCCAGUACUUUAGUGCCCAGAAAAGGUUGCGGUAUUUUUGGGGAAACAUUCCUGGCAUGUACUGCCCACUCCUGGAGGAAGACCCAUCAUCAUUCACAUUAUCUGAGAUGCUGAUGCCAAACUCUAAACGUACAGCUGUGGUCGACAAACUACGUACAGUGACCAGCAUGACCAACUCACUCUCCAUGCACUCCAGGUCCACAGUCUCUCCAAUCAAAUACAAUGGCCAGGAUGACAAGAUCUGGAUCCCUGAACUGGAGAAGACAUUUGGGUUUCCAGCCCACUAUACAGACAUUGGCAACCUGUCUAUAACUCAACGCCAAAAGCUGCUGGGCAAAACCUGGAGUGUGCCUGUUGUCAAACACCUGUUGACACCACUCAAACAGUUCUUCACCUCGAUAGAGAAUGACAGUGAGGAAAAUACAAACUGAAUGCUCCUAUGAUUGAGGCACUCGUGUGUGAAGAAACUAUAAUCAAAAACUCAUUGACUUAAAGCAAGUGCUUGAUAAACUCUAGUCGCAUGUAACAGAAUAUAUAUACAUGUAGCCUGGUAGGUAAAACUAUGAAACUCUAACAGAAUACAAGGGUUGAGAACAAUUAGUGGCAUGUUUUAACAUUGUAAACAGGGAGUAAGUAUAUGAAGCAACAAGUAUAUUGUACUUGAAAUCGAUAGGCUAAGUAAGCUUUCAUUGACAGAUUGAAAUUACAUGAUGGUAACAUAAAAGGAUUUAAGCAUAAGAACCAUAAGAAGAUAAUUAUACAUUAGGCCUAGAUAAAAAAUAAUGUAUCAAGUUAAUUAUAUGGACAGUCACUAAUCCUGAGCCUUUGAAGUGAGUGUUCAGGCGAAGUACAU